AUGGGAACAGCUCAGUCUGAGAAGGCCAGUAGCUCAAAGGAAGCUCAGCAUGAGGGUCAAGAAGUCUCGGAUCCUACCCACAACAGGAGGAAGCAGAUGGACCCAGAGCUGUUACAAACCAAAGCCCAAGCAGAGAAGGAUUUGAUACUAAGAACCAUUUCAGAAAUACAUCAGAAUGAAGAAAAAGAGAAUCUUUACCCCACACUGUUCUUGAAAAUGGAGACUUUGUCCAAAAAUUUCACACAGCUACUACUCCUAGAAAAAUCUUGCCCAAGAGGCUGGGAAACCUUGGUCAGGAAAAGCUGGCAUCAAUAUGGACCAGAAGAGAAAGGACAUCUGAUUGAGAGCCAAGAUUUAUUUUCCCCAAGCCCGGGUACCCAGGAAGAGCCUCAGCUAGUCAUAUUGUAUGGGGCUGCUGGGACUGGGAAGUCAUCGCUGGCCAGGCAUGUGAGCAGAGCCUGGGGGCAAGGCCGGCUUUACAGGGAUCGCUUCCAGCAAGUUUUCUUCUUCAGCUGCAGGGAGCUGGCCCAGUGCCAGCAGCUGAGUCUGGCAGAGCUCAUAGCACAGGGCCAAACUGUGCCCACAGCUCCCAUCAGGCAGAUCCUGGCUCAGCCUGAGAAGCUACUCUUCAUCCUGGAUGGCAUAGAUGAGCCAGCAUGGGUCUUGGAGGGGCAGAAUCCUGAGCUGUGUCUGCACUGGAGUCAGACACAGCCAGUGCACAUGCUCCUGGGCAGUUUGCUGGGAAAAUCCGUUCUCCCGGGGGCUUCCUUCCUGCUCACAGCUCGGACCACAGCUCUCCAGAGGCUCAUUCCUUCCUUGAGGCGGCCGCGUUGGGUGGAAGUCCUGGGCUUCUCUGAGUCAGGACGGAAGGAAUAUUUCAACAAAUAUUUUCCUAAGAAAAGAAAAGCAAUCCAAGCUUUUAGUUUAGUUCAAUCAGACCCAGUGCUCUCGACCCUGUGUCUGGUUCCCUGGGUGAGCUGGCUGGUCUGCACUUGCCUGUCACAGCAGAUGGAGCAGGGAGGACAUCUCUCCCUGACCUCACAGACCACCACCACUCUCUGCCUGAAAUACCUUUCCCAGUCAAUCCAAGGUCAGCACCUGGAGACCCAGCUCAGGGCUCUCUGCUCAGUGGCUGCUGAGGGGAUCUGCAGAAGAAGGACCCUGUUCAGUGAAAGCGACCUCCGUAAGCAAGGGUUAGCCCAGGCUGACAUGGCCACUUUCCUGAAGAUCGGUGUCCUUCAACAGCAGCCCGGCUCUCUGAGCUGCAGCUUUGCCCACUUGUGUCUCCAGGAGUUCUUUGCAGCGAUGGCCUGUGUCUUCAGGGAUGCUGUGGAGAGAUGUGGUGAUAUAGAAAAGGACAGAAUUGUGGAAACACUGAUAGAAGUAUAUGGAAUACAUGCUUUAUUUGAAGCACCCACCAUACAUUUUCUGUUUGGACUUUUGAGUGAGCAGGGAGUGAACGCGAUGAAGACAGUCUUCAACAGCCAGUUGCCUCUGCUCACACCGUGGGAACUCCUGGGGAAAGCCAGAGCAUUGCCCCAGCACCAGCACCUCUGUUCUCUGGGGUUGUUUCACUGCCUCUAUGAGAUUCAGAAUAAAAAGUUUGUAACGCAGGUGAUACACAGUGUUCUCUCAAAAAGGGUGCAUGAUCCGACAUUUAUGACUCACACAGUGUUCCAGACAAAUGUGAGGCAUCUGGUGAUCCAGACAAAUGUGGAGCUCUUAGUGGUCACUUUCUGCAUUAAGUUCUGCCGUUACGUAAAGAGGCUUCAGCUGAAUAGGGAUGGACAACAGGGACCAACGCUGAAUGCCCCCACCCUGGUUCUAUCCAGGUGGACUCCAACCACUAAUGCCAGUUGGUUUAUUCUCUUUUCCAACAUUAUCUACAACAAAAGCCUGAAGGAACUGGACCUAAGUGGAAAUCCCCUGAGCCACUCUGCAGUGAAGAGUCUCUGUUGUACCCUGAGACACCCUGGCUGCCAUCUAAGGGCAUUGUGGCUUGUUAAGUGUGGCCUCACAUCCAGCCACUGUCUGACCCUGGCCUCAGCACUCAGGAACUGCUCCAGAUUGGCUGAGCUAGACCUGCAGCUGAACGACCUGGGAGAUGAUGGUGUGAGGCUGCUGUGUGAGGUGCUGAGGAAACCUUUCUGCAACCUCAGUAUCUUGUGGUAA